AUGGAGAUCCCAAAAACGCACAAAGCAGUUGUGUACGACAAGCCGGGCGACAUUUCCACUCGUAUCGUGGAGUUAGCUACGCCAGCGCCAGGCCCCGGGCAAAUUCUGGUUAAGAUUACUCAUUCUGGAAUAUGCCACUCCGACCUCAGCCUUAUGACAAACAAGUGGAGUUGGCUUCCAGAGCCUGUUAAAAGCGGGCAGGUCGGUGGCCACGAGGGCGUGGGCGUUGUAGCCCACCUCGGCCCAUCAUGCGAAGAUGCAGGCGUCAAAGCCGGUGACCGUGUGGGCAUCAAGUGGAUCGCGUCUGCUUGCGGUAACUGCAUGCCGUGCCUGGCUGGUGCCGAUGGAAUUUGUGUGAACUCGCAGGUCUCGGGCUAUACGUGCCCCGGCACAUUUCAGGAAUACGUUCUGGCUCCCGCUCGAUAUGUGACUCCAAUUCCAAACGGGCUGGCAAGUGAGGUUGCUGCACCACUUCUUUGUGGAGGGGUUACUGUUUACUCGGCGCUGAAAAAGAGCAGAGCUCAGCCUGGGGACUGGGUGGUCAUUGCUGGAGCCGGCGGUGGGCUGGGCCAUCUAGGGGUGCAGCUUGGAGGUAGAGGUAUGGGAUUCAGGAUAAUCGGCCUGGAUGUGGGACCCAAGGAGUCUUUUAUCAGGGAAUGUGGUGCUGAAGCCUUUAUUGAUAUCGCCAGUUAUCCUUCGGGUGACGGAAGCAAAGGUGUCAUAGAUGAAGUGCUAGCCAUCACUGGAGGCACCGGAGCUGCCGCUGCCAUAAUAUGCAGCGCCAGUAAUGCUGCGUAUUCCGAUGCUCUCUCCUAUUUGAAAUUCAACGGCACCCUGGUUUGUGUUGGGGUCCCGGGCGAGGCGAAGCCAAUUGCGAAUUCUUAUCCUCACCUGAUGGUCGGCAAGCAGUUGGCCAUUGUGGGAAGCAAUGUGGGUAACCGUAGGGAGGCAAUGGAGACGCUGGUGAUGGCGAAGCGAGUGGUCACUACCCCGGUUCGUGUCGAAAAGAUGGAUAAUAUCAACGAGGUCUUCGAAGGAAUGCAGGGAGGCAGGCUGCAAGGCCGCGUCGUCAUAGACCUGCAAUCAUGUACUUAG